CAAACCUCAGCUAUCAACCUCUGUUAAUCUCGUGUCUCAAUCCUUGAGGGCUUUCAGAAGUUUAAAAGCCUUAACUUUCACACCAUAGACGGUGAGAAAGUGGAAGGGAAGGCAUCUGUUGACAAAACAAUUCUUAGAACUUUGGUGGUAGUUGUGUAUUUAUUGAUUUCCGCUGGCAAGUAGUGUUGCUAUCUGAUCUCCAUAUAUAACCUUCUAAACCUGCUUUCCUUCACAAAAUUAACAGCAUAAUACUCGCUUGUGUCCACAUAAGAAAAGGGAAGGAAGAAAAAUGUCGAAACCAGGCAUCACCACCGUCAUUCUGACCCUAGCCCUCAUUUCAACAGUGCCAGCAAAUAUGGCAGCAGCCCCGGCCCCGGCGGAAGCACCUGCACCUGUUUCAGGUCUUGGUUCGGCCACCCCGGCUCCCGUGGAAGCACCUCCACCUGUUUCAGGUCUUGGUCCGGCCACCCCGGUUCCCGUGGAAGCACCGGCACCUGUUUCAGGUCUUGGUCCUGCAGCAUCUGGACCAGCCCCUGGUAAUGAUUGUAUAACACCAGUGCUGAAUGCGUCUGAUUGUUUGGACUAUGUGACAACAGGAAGUAACUUGACCGUUCCUGACAAGAAUUGCUGUCCUGAGAUUGCUGGGUUGAUAGAGAGCAAUAUUUUAUGUUUGUGUCAGUUGCUUAGUGGUGAUGUUGCUAAGCAAUAUGGACUCUCAAUUGAUUACGGCAGAGCUGUUAAGCUUCCUGCAGUUUGCAAGAUUGCUAAUGUUCCUUCAGCCUCCUUGUGCUCAGUUGUGGGAUACCCAGUACCUGCUCCUGCAAGCGGUCCAUCAACAGGCUUACCACCCCUAGUCCCAGCUGCUGAGUCUCCGGGAGGAUUAGCGGCAAGCCCAUCAGCAGGAGAAAAUGAUGCAGCUUCAAGCAUUGCAGGCUCAGCUUUUGCCGUCUUUGGUGGCUUAGCAUUUUCAAUUCUUUCAACAUUGUUCUGAGUUUUUUCCUCCCUUGUAGCUGUUCAUUUAAGUCUCGCCAUUUUAUUAAAUACUGUAACCAUGAGAUCUUGUAUGUCUAGCAGCCAAAUAAAGUGUGGGAUUUAUUGAAUUUAUUUCAUUAAAAAAA